CUGAAAUUCAUUAUACCGAAAAGAACUUGUAACCAAUCAACCGGUAUCAAUGAAAGUGCCAACCAAUCGUGUGGUUCUUUAUCAAAAUCAAAUUCAGCAGGGGAGGGGGUGAUGGUCGAGAGUCGACAGGUCGAGGCCCUUUUUCCAGUAUCAUGUGUUUCCGGCAGCGUAGAUUUUUCCAUUAUUCGAUGAUGAUUUACUUACUUUGACGAGUUUGUCACUUUGUCCUCGUUUAUCAGAGUCUGAAUUUCUUCCACACACACACACACACACAAAAAAAAAAAAAGAGUCUGAAUUUCGGUGGCUGGAUUUUUUUUACAUUACGUUUCCAAUUUUUGAUUGGGGAAGAAGGACUUGUGCCGUUGCGCGGAGGCUCCGAGUGACGUUGAUUGGUCUUUGGUUUUCAUUUUCUGGUUUCUGUUUUUCCAAUUGUCAGAAUCUUUCUUCUGUGAAGUUUGUAGAGUGUAGCUCUGUAGGCAAGAAGCUAUGUGGUUGUUUAGCAGGAAAGGACCUUCUGGGUUCUCAUAUAAUUCAAAUGCAGAGGAAGUAACACAAGGAAUUAAUGGUACUGGCCUCAGUGCCAUUGUUACAGGAGCAUCAAGUGGUAUUGGCACUGAGACCACACGUGUUCUGGCACUACGUGGAGUACGUGUAGUUAUGGCUGUCAGGAAUGUGGAUGCCGGUAUGGAUGUCAAAGAAACAAUCCUUAAGGAAAUUCCUGAUGCUAAAAUUGAUGUUAUGGAGUUAGAUCUCAGCUCACUGGCAUCAGUAAGGAAAUUUGCAUCAGAGUUCAAUUCCUCAGGACUUCCAUUGAACAUCCUCAUUAACAAUGCAGGUGUUAUGGCAACCCCAUUCAAGCUUUCCAAAGACAACAUAGAACUACAGUUUGCAACAAAUCACUUGGGUCAUUUUCUCUUGACAGAUCUCUUGUUGGCAACCAUGAAGAUUACUGCACGUGACAGUAAAAAGGAAGGGAGGAUUGUCAAUGUUUCAUCAGAGGCUCACAGGUUUCCAUAUCGUGAAGGAAUUCGUUUUGAUAAAAUCAAUGAUGAAUCAGGGUACACAAGUUUCUUUGCUUAUGGCCAAUCAAAGCUUGCUAAUGUAUUGCAUGCAAAUGAACUUUCUAGACGUCUAAAGGAAGAAGGGGUGGACAUAACAGCUAAUUCACUUCAUCCAGGAUCUAUUGUAACCAAUCUUCUGCGUUAUCACAGCUUUGUAAAUGGUCUUGUGCAGAAGUUUGGCAAAUAUGUGCUUAAAGAUGUUCCUCAGGGGGCAGCAACGACAUGCUAUGUGGCAUUGCAUCCACAGGUCACAGGUGUAAGUGGCGAGUAUUUUAGUGACAGUAACAUAGCCAAACCAAGUAGACAGGCUAAAGAUGUGGAGUUGGCACAGAAACUAUGGGAUUUUAGCCAGAAUCUUGUCAAUUGAUGACAUUGGAGCCAUGAAGAGUAUGAAAACGUAAGAAAAAUGUUGUACAACAUAUUAGAUGUUGGGAUGAAUUCCCAUUGUUUUACAUGUUAAUGUUAAUUGCUUCUUGCCUCAUUAGGGGCGAUGAUGAGGAUGACAAUCUGACAAAUUUAUUGGCUGAUGUUCCUCAACUCUAAUCCUGUUGGCAUCAAGUCAGUGUUUUGUAUCUCUCUCCUACUAUCCAACCAGAUAAGGAUUGAUUAUGGGUGAGCCCGUCUUGUGUUAGACUGUUUGUCAUUGAGAUUGGACUGCAAUAGCUAAUGAAUCUAGCUGGUUCAACAUUGUGUUGAUGAUCU